UCAAAUUCUUUGAAUAACAUAUUAUUGUUACGUGGUAGCUUGUUGUUAUUAAUUGUACAUAUAUCCAGCCAUAAUAGCCUUGCAAAAAAUUUACACAGUCCUUGUUUAAUUCGCAUUUGUAAUAAAAUGAAACCUACCCUUGUAGCAGAUGAGAUGUUUCCAGAAGGUGCUGGAUCUUACAUCGAAUUAGAAGAGGUUGGAGGUAGUCGUUUAUUGGUUGACUUAACUGCAAGUGAAAAAGCAGUACACGCGGAUUUUUUCAAUGAUUUUGAUGAUCUAUAUGACGAUGAUGAUCUUGAAUAAAAAUGUAUAAUUUUGAUAAUAGCAAUAGUAAGAGUAAUUAUAAUGAAAAAGAAAAGCAACUUAUAAAGCAUUCUGUAAAUAUUUGAUUUAAAAUGUUUUGUGAUACAUAGUAAAAAUUGAAGUAAAAAACAUGGAACAGAUUUGCUUUUA